AUGUUAAGCCUCGGAUCCGCAGAAGCCCAUCCCAAUAUUCAAAUGACACUCUCUAUUAUUCAUCGAGGUGGUAAAAAAGCACAAGCAUGGCUCAAAGACAAGGAAUCUUCGAAGUUUGCAUUGCCUGCAAUUUACUGGCCAAUGAGUCUCAUACCCAUCGCAAUAUGGAAGGCAUCACCGACAACUACGAAUGGGAAUGAGCAAGCGCACCGCAACAUCAAUCGUGAUGGAAUCAACUUAACCUUGCUUGCAGGAAUCAUGCAUGGAUACCAAUAUGAUGUCUGUGCUGCGUCUAGCAUUGACCUCCAUAUUAUGCAUGGGAUUAACACUCGUGAUUAUGAAUCAACACAUCUAUACCGGGCGAAACGCUCUGUGAGUCGACAAAUUCAAACCCAGAAACAACGAAUCAAAUCUCAUUCCCAGCCUACAAGUCGUACUAAUCAUCAAAUCAAUGACCUUCAACUGCCCUUCAUUCCAGACCCACUCACCUGCAACAUCAACCAAGACCGCUUCGCACAGAGGUCAAACACAGACAAUAAAGAUAUGUCACUAUCAACAUACAGCACACUGGCAUAUGCAUUGACGCCAGGUGCCGGUAUCGUUGACUAUUGUAUUUUGAGACAUCCGACAUUGAGAAAAGAACCUGAAAGUCAGACAUGGGCAUGGGCUUGUAUUAGCACGUACAGCAGUCUAAGCAGGGCAUUGGGGAAUUCUUGA